AUGAAACUCAACCAGGGACGACGAAUUCUUAAGUAUAAACUUGUCAAAUGCACAGCAAUCAAAACUGAUCGAGAAGAGGUUUGGGCAAUCAAUCACAAGCGUCUCUUGGAUUUCAGAAUCAUAAAAAUACCCAAGUACCAGCUUCUUAAGCCUUGUGCUACAUAUCUUCAAAUGAUGAUGCCCCCAACAGUUCUGAAGCUCCAAAGCCUCCAAAUUGGGGCAACCCAAAAUCAAAUCACUCAUUAUCUGGUCCGUCAAAUAAACCCGAUCGAGAUACAUGGACCCAAUCGAGCAAAAACGCAUAGUGGACAUUUUAGCCGGCAAUGUAAGAUCACAUCUUGUAAGGCCCAAUUUUUCAACAAACCCAUUUCUCAGAACAGAGAAAGGGAAAUCAUACCGGUGAUUAAAUGUGUCCUCGUCAUGAAAAUCUUUGUGGAUGAAGAAGUCAAGAUGGAGCUCAAGAGCGUGGAGGUGGGUUAUGGCGGAGCGAACCCAAGAGUCGACAUGGGAGCCGUAGUGAUCAUGGUAGAUGAAGGAGAGGCGGAAAGUGUGGAUGGGAGAAUUGGAGCGAAGAAUGAGAAUGCGAUCGAUGAACUCGGCGAAGAAUUGGCGGGUAUCCAACGGUGGCUCGUAUGA